AUGAGGUUCUGUCUCCAAAAGAAAGAGUAUCCAGCUUCUCCUAUUGCUUUCAAGAUUUGUCACACUCCACUGCGCUCUUAUGAGGUAUGGAUGAGGUAUAUGUUGAGCAAGGAACGCAUCAAGAGUAAUUUGACUAAAGCGCAAGUUAUUGAAGCUGUCAUGGCGUCUGCAACACUGCAUAUUAAGAAAGAUGUUGCGGGUUUAAUCACUUUCAUUUCUCGAUGGUGUCCCUCCACGCACACGGCUAUAUGCAGAUGGGGUGAGAUGACCAUCUCUUUAGAAAGCGUGGCCACUUUGUUGAGUCUUCCAGUUGCGAGAAAUCUUCACUUUGAGUUGUCUGCUGAAGAAAAUAUGAUGUUCGCCGCUCUAGUUAAGAAACCGGAGGAAUAUAAUCAAACUGAAUGUGAUGAAAAAUAUUUUUAUACUUGGUGGGUGUCUGAACGGUUUCCUACGCGGCCGAAAGCGGGCCAGGUGUUGGAUGAUGUACUCAGUGUUGUCGCGUUUUUAUCCCUGUGGCUAUCUAGAGAUGUUUUUGAUGAUGGCUCUGGUAAGAAGAUCAUAAGAGAGAAACUCAUCAUGUUUGCUAUUAAGCUGGCGCAAGGCGUAGUGCUUCCCCUAGGUAGUUUGUUCCUUGGGUCUUUGUACUCUCAUCUGGAUUCCCUGGCAGCGGACGUGUACGUUUCCAAUGGAUAUAUGAAGGUGGAGUCACAUAUUCACAUCACUUUUCUCCAGGCAUGCUUAUGGGAGAACUUCAAAGGUUAUGCUCAUGUCCCUGCGAUUUCGUUUCCAGUUUAUAUGGAGGUUCCAGAAUACUUCGUUGGCAGAAUGGGCGUCCAAAGCCUGGGUUGA